CUUGGUGUUACAUGUUGUCGUAGUACCUGACUGUCAAUUAGGAGUAAAGGACUAACUGUUUUCUUCUGCAAAAGCCAUUUCAAAUAGACUCACUCUAUGAGAGGAUGGCCCCGCCCCUGGCAAGAUCUGCUCCAGGUGAACUCAACCAUUGGUGGAGCCAGCUCAGGUUCCGCCUCCAGAACAGGAAGGGGUGGAACGAGAUGCUUGAUGAAACUUUUUUGCUGCAGAACAAAAGGACAAAUGACAUCCCUCUCUUCUUUGCGGCCAAAGAAAACAGUGCAGGUUGCAUUAAGAAACUUCUGGACUGUGCGUCCACUAACAUCUUUGAGAGAGGUGCUCUGGGGGAGACCGCGCUGCAUGUGGCAGUUCUGAAUGAUAACAUGGAUGCUGCCGUAGCUCUGAUGGACGGAGCACCUGAACUCAUCAAUGAGUCCAUGACCUCUGACCUCUUCCUUGGCAUGACACCUCUCCACAUUGCCGUGGUGAAUCAGAACGUUAACCUGGUCCGCAGUCUGAUUGGUCGAGGGGCAGAUGUGGCCACGCCCAGAGUCACAGGCCUGUACUUCAGGAAGAGAAGAGGAGGGCUGCUCUACUAUGGUGAGCACAUCCUGGCAUUUGCGGCCUGUGUGGGGAAUCAGGACAUCAUCUCCAUGGUGAUCAACGCAGGAGCUAGCACCAGGGCCCAGGACUCCAUUGGUAACACAGUGCUCCACAUCCUGGUCCUGCAGCCUAAUAAGACUUUAGCAUGCCUGGCGUUGGAUCUGCUGUUGGCACACGACGUUGAGCUGGACCAGGCUGUGCCACUGGACAUGGUGCCCAACUACCGUGGCUUAACGCCCUUCAAACUGGCUGCCAAAGAGGGCAACCUUGUGGCAUUCCAGCAUCUGGUCAACCGGAGGCGAGUCGUCCAGUGGAACCUGGGACCACUGACCUCUAACCUCUAUGACCUCUCAGAGAUCGACUCCUUGGUCGCCGACGAUGACCUCUCUGUGCUAGAGCUCAUCGUGGGCAGCCAGAGGAGAGAGGCAAGAAGGAUACUGGAAGUGACUCCUGUUAGGCAAUUGGUCAGUCUCAAGUGGAACCUCUAUGGAAAACACUACUUCAGGUUGUUGCUGCUGUUGUACCUCCUGUACAUUGGGACCUUCACACUGUGUUGUGUGUAUCGCCCCCUAAAGGACGCUCCAGAGAAUUACACUGUAUCUGAUAUGGACAAAACCAUCCGCGUGCAGAAAACUCUGAAGGAGAGUUAUGUGACCUAUGGGGACCACUUGCGUCUGGCAGGAGAGAUGAUCAGUGUCCUGGGUGCCCUGGUUAUUCUGCUACUGGAGAUCCCAGAUAUGCUGAGAGUGGGGGCCAAGCAGUACUUUGGACAGACGGCCCUGGGGGGACCCUUCCAUGUCAUUCUUAUUGCCUAUGCGUUCCUGGUGGUGCUGCUGUGUGUGUUCAGGGUCAGUGGGGUGCAGGGGGAGGCAGUUGUCAUGGCUGUGUGUCUGGUGCUUGGCUGGAGCAACGUCAUGUUCUUCGCCCGAGGCUUUCAGAUGCUGGGGCCUUACGUCAUCAUGAUACAGAAGAUUAUAUUUGGAGACCUGACCAAGUUCAUGUGGCUGAGCUUCAUCGUGCUCAUAGGGUUUUCCACCUCCCUGUGGAUGGUGUACAUGACUCAGGACCCAGACUCUCUACCUGCGUACCGCUCCUUCCCCAUCACUCUGUUCUCCCAGUUUGAGCUGAGUGUGGGUCUGAUAGACCUGCCAGUGGACCACACCAUCACAACGCCCCCUAUUGUCCAUGUGCUGCACUGCACCUUCUCUGUGGUCUCCUACAUACUGCUGCUCAACCUACUCAUAGCCAUGAUGAGUGAUACACACUGGAGAGUAGCCCAGGAGAGGGAUGAGCUCUGGAGGACACAGGUGGUGGCCACUACCCUGAUGUUGGAGAGGAGGUUGCCUCGCUGCCUGUGGCCCCGGCUGGGGGUGUGUGGACUGCUCUACGGCCUGGGGGAGCGGUGGUACCUCCGGGUUGAGGAUCGCAACGACCCACUGGUGCAAAAGAUGCGUCGCUAUGUGCAAGCCUUCUCUAAGGAUGAGGACCAGAGCAAGGAGCGGGAGGAGACGGAGAACACUGACAUGUCAAAAGGACCUGGAAGCCCUCUGAUCAGACCCAAACACAGGGGUGGGAUAGAUGGAAACAGGAAGUCCCUGGCAUGCUGGCAAAUGAUUCGCCACAGCGCUCUGGGUUUAGAUGUGGAACAGGAAGAGCCUGAGGAUGACCAGGAAGUAAGAUACGUCUGAGGGUUGAGACAGCAAAACAGAUCAUUAUAUUGUUAUUAUAUAAUAUAUGUGUGAUGAAAUUAUGUAUGUAUGCAGUAUUAUUUGUCGAAAACAAAUGAUUGUAUUGUAGUAGCAAGUGUAUAUGUGCAAGACUGGGUUGAAAUGUAGACUAGAUUCAUUUUCAAUCUUUUUGGACCAUGUAUGUCACUUUAUCAUUCCAAGUAAAGCACGUCAAUAUUUUUUUUAUUAAAGAUGUUACAAGACAGUAUAUUAAACUUUAUUUUUUACUGGAACCUUUUUUUUCAGGAUUGUAAAUCAGAACAGAAAACCUAAUGAUUGGUUAAUGCACAUAAUAAUGUAGAUCAUUAUUACAUUCAAAGUCAUUAAAAAAACAUCUCACCAAAACAAGCAAAUAAGUACAAAAUAUUAUUAAUCUUUAACAUUAGUGCAAAUUCUAACUAAAACUGGCAGGCUGACUUGAUUGUUCUUCACAAGGCAUAACUAACUGUAAUGGGAUUUUAUUUACUGUCACGUUCCUGACCUGUUUUCUGUUAUUUUUGUAUGUGUUUAGUUGGUCAGGGCGUGAGUUGGGGUGGGCAUUCUAUGUUUUGUGUUUCUAUGUUUAGGUCAUUUGUAAUUAGCCUUAUAUGGUUCUCAAUCAGAGACAGGUGUUUGACUUUUCCUCUGAUUGAGAACCAUAUAAAAGGUAGGCUGUUCACACUGUUUGUUUGUGGGUGGUUGUCUCCUGUGUCCGUAUAUGUUACCACACGGGACUGUAUCGUUUGUAGUCUGUACCUGUUUGUGUGUUCUUCGUUAUAUGUAAGUUCACAUAUUUUAGGUCAGUCUACGUUCGUUUGUUAUUUUGUAGUUUGUUGAAGUGUUUUCGGUUUUUCGUCUUUACUUUAAUAAACUUCAUUAUGGCAAAUUAUCACGCUGCGCUUUGGUCCAAUCCCUACUCCUCCUCUUCAUCCGAAGAGGAGGAGGACGACCGUUACAUUUACCAUCAUUGGUUAUACCUGGAUGUCUAAUGAAUUAUAACAUAGACGUAUGUCAUAAAGUGUAUAAUUGUGGUUUAAAAAGGCUAUUGAUAGAGAUGUGUAAUUGUGGUUUAAAAAGGCUAUUGAUAGAGAUGUGUAAUUGUGGUUUAAAAAGGCUAUUGAUAGAGAUGUGUAAUUGUGGUUUAAAAAGGCUAUUGAUAGAGAUGUGUAAUUGUGGUUUAAAAAGGCUAUUGAUAGAGAUGUGUAAUUGUGGUUUAAAAAGGCUAUUAAUAGAGAUGUGUAAUUGUGGUUUAAAAAGGCUAUUGAUAGAGAUGUGUAAUUGUGGUUAAAAAAGGCUAUUGAUAGAGAUGUGUAAUUGUGGUUUAAAAAGGCUAUUGAGAGAGAUGUGUAAUUGUGGUUUAAAAAGGCUAUUGAGAGAGAUGUGUAAUUGUGGUUUUAAAAGGCUAUUGAGAGAGAUGUGUAAUUGUGGUUUAAAAAGGCUAUUGAGAGAGAUGUGCAAUUGUGGUUUAAAAAGGCUAUUGAGAGAGAUGUGCAAUUGUGGUUUAAAAAGGCUAUUGAUAGAGAUGUGCAAUUGUGGUUUAAAAAGGCUAUUGAUAGAGAUGUGCAAUUGUGGUUUAAAAGGCUAUUGAUAGAGAUGUGCAAUUGUGGUUUAAAAAGGCUAUUGAUAGAGAUGUGCAAUUGUGGUUUAAAAAGGCUAUUGAUAGAGAUGUGCAAUUGUGGUUUAAAAAGGCUAUUGAUAGAGAUGUGCAAUUGUGGUUUAAAAAGGCUAUUGAUAGAGAUAUGUAAUCAUAGUUUAAAAGGCUAUUGAUAGAGAUGUGUAAUAAUGGUAUAAUAAUGGUAUUAAUUGUAAGCUACUGUGUUAGUGGGUUAAAAGAGUUGCCAAUUAAUGACCUACUCAACAGUUUAGAUAUGCAGAUAAACUGCACA